CAAGGACUUUGUCUAAAUUUACUUGUCAUUUUAAAUGCUGUGUCUCAAUAGUUGGAUGUUUAAUUUAAUAAAUAAUUAAUUAAAUACUUAAUAACCUGACGAAAUGUGAGAAAACCAUAAUACAAACAUUGUGAGACGAAGAAUAUAAUUACUGCAUAACCAUAGCAAGAGUUGGAGGAAAAAUUAUUAAAUGUUUGACCACGUGUCGUGUGUCUCUUUCUUAUUAUUGAAAAGUUUGUUGACGUAUUAUGAUUGUCAUUCGCAUGCGCCUAUACAGUAUAUAUACAGAUCGAUACCUGAAAGUCUCUACCAUGUAUCUGGUUACAAACCGAACUCAAACGACUAUAAUCGAGUGCUACCGAGAAUAGCCGAUUGCAUCCGAGGGUGCGCGAAGCCGAGAGUAUUCGUCGUCUGCCACCGUCAACGUAUUGGGCUUUCAAGUUUUCAUAAUCGUCGCGAAAAACAACCCUUUUAGUUAUUACAACCCUUUUUUGCAGUGACUCCUUCCCCCGAGUGAUAUGAAAAUAAUUUCUAAUUAGACUGUCAUCAGAAUAUAAAGAUGUCAUUCAAUUUUUACGUUCAGCAAGGUAAACAUUUGUAACAUAAACAGUACAUGUGCAAUCCAUUUUUUUGAAAUUACUUUCUUGAAAAAUAAUUAAUAAUUAUUUUUUCAAUGGGUUAGAAUUGAAAAUAUAACAUAUUGAGAAAUCGUCAAUAAUUACCUUAGUUUACUGUAAACAAUUGCUUUAACAUUAUUGUUGGUUGUUCAAGAGUGUGCAGUGAAUAAACUUAUGAAUUAAAAUUGAUAUUUCAUCACGUAAUAUCCCAGAACUAUAAUAUACAGAAGAGUAUAUAAGGAUUCAGUUACACAUGACAAGGAAAUUAUGAGAAUUGGUCAUCUAUUUAUUGAUAAACAAUAAGAGGGUGGAAAUAAGGAAGAAGAGAAAAAGAAGGUAUCAAGACGGUGGUGCUGUUGCUCGUAGUGUCUCGUUAUCAGGUGAAGAGUGUCGUGAGGGUUCCAGGCGAAGUAGUUGACAGGUGUGAUGUGGUGGAGUCCCCCGGAGGAUCGCGGGGGCAGGAGGCAUAUCGAGGCAGGUUGGUCGUGAGAGCCCCAGGUUCUACUCGUUUGCCCCUUGGCUGCGAGGCCGGUGGGGCGUCAGAGGAGGAAGAACAAGGAUGGUGUGACCUCUGGCGUUAUUCCGCUCGACGCGGAGAUAGUGGCGGAGGAGGAGUCGAGCAGCUGCUGCUCGAUUCGGAGGAGGAGGAGCUGGCGAUGUCUAGGCAGCCUCGCGGAACACGGGAUCACCUAAACCGCGAACCGCGCGACCAUCGUGACCUUCGCGAUGCUCGCGACCUUGAAGACGCGAGGGACUCACAUGUGGUCAACAGACAUCGUCAGAGGCACUACGAAUAUGGCCCUCAUUCGACAGCAGCAACCUCCGCCUCUGCGACACAUGUCAACAACCAGGGCUCGGCGGAUUCAAACUACUCACAGCCGAGUUCCGAUCUUUCACUGGAUGAAGAAAGAGAAACUUUACGUCGAGAAAAAGAGAAACAAGCCCUCAAUCAACUCGAAAAAGCUAGAACAAAACCGGUGGCCUUUGCAGUAAGAACGAACGUCAGUUACGAUGGAUCUGUUGACGACGACUCUCCAGUCCAUGGAUCAGCUGUCAGCUUCGAUGUUCGGGACUUUCUCCACAUUAAAGAAAAAUAUGAUAACAAUUGGUGGAUCGGAAGGCUAGUGAAAGAGGGUUGCGACGUGGGGUUCAUUCCUUCGCCGGUCAAGUUGGAGGCGUUGAGAGUACAAGCGAGUGCUGCACGCGGUACCAAGGGCCUCUAUUCCACACGUGGAGGGUCUUCGGGGAACCUUGGUGAGAGCGGUAUGCCCUCACGAGGUUCCACACCGCCCACACCAGGUGACGACAGUGAUAGCAUAGGAAAUAUUCGACCGGGUAAAGCAACUCUAACAACUCCACCAGCUAAGGAAAAAAGGAAGAACUUUUUUAAGAAGCCGUCCUACGAGACGGCAACACCAUAUGACGUGGUGCCUUCAAUGAGACCAGUCGUUCUGGUAGGACCAUCACUCAAGGGAUACGAAGUGACUGACAUGAUGCAAAAGGCACUUUUUGAUUUCUUAAAACAUAAGUUCGCGGGAAGAAUCAUCAUAACUAGGGUAAUGGCUGAUAUUUCUUUGGCUAAAAGAUCUUUACUAAAUAAUCCAACAAAAAGAGCAAUUAUGGAGCGGUCGUCUAGUAGGAGUAGUUGUUUAGCAGAGGUCCAAGCCGAAAUUGAACGAAUUUUUGAACUUGCCAGAACGCUUCAGCUCGUUGUUCUCGACUGCGAUACCAUCAAUCACCCUUCUCAGUUGGCAAAAACGAGUUUAGCCCCUACAAUUGUCUAUUUAAAAAUAUCGUCUCCUAAAGUUCUUCAAAGACUAAUCAAGUCGCGCGGAAAAUCACAGUCCCGUCAUUUAAACGUACAAAUGGUAGCAGCGGAGAAACUAGCACAGUGUCCAGACGAAAUGUUCGACGUCAUUUUAGAUGAAAAUCAAUUAGAUGAAGCUUGUGAUCACGUUGCUGAGUAUCUCGAAGCUUAUUGGAGAGCAACGCACCCUCCAGUUGUGCAAGCCGUACCUAGAGCCGUACCAGCGCCUGAUGCACCAGUGGACGCACUGUCGCCUCGGGUCACAUCAGGUGGAUAUCAUGAGGGUUAUAUCAAAAGAGCAACUAUGUACGGAUCAACACACUUGUAUCCACAGCAAUGACAGUUCCACUCGUCGAUCACGCCUCGAAAGAUUGGAUCGCGAAACCGAGGAGGAAUAUAGCGUAGAGUACAACAAUCGGCGACGUCAACAGGAUUGAGAUCAACCAAGGCCCCGGGGCCUUAUACUAGAACUAAGAACAACCGCCCUUUAGUUCUAGAAUGAUUUUAAUUAUAUUUUUGUACUCGUCUUCGUAAAAGAAGGCAGUACUUUUAUGAAAAACAUAAAAACAUAAUCAUUGUUGAUAAUUGUUUAUAUUUGUUAUCAAUUAUUCAUAGUAAAACAAGAAGAGUAAAUUAGACUCUUUGCGAUAAAAUAAUUUAUUCUUUAUCAGAGUAUUUUAAAAUUAUUCUUAAUAAGGAGAAAGAGAGAGAUUAUAUUUCCCGUAAUCUUUUUUUAACUAUUUAAAAAGGAGUCAAUUUUAUUCAUCCUAUUUUACUAUUUAUAUAUUAUAACACUGUUAAAAAAUUCCUAUUUUAAAAUUUCUAAUACAUGUAUUGAAAUAAUUUACGAUACAUGGUUAGUGAUAGCUUAGUAAAAUUGCCUUACCUUCAUUAUUAUAUAAUUUUCAAUUUCAUUUACAAUAUGAAAAAAUAUGAAUUUCAUAUUCGUUUACGUUACUAGUUUUGUAAAACUGCAAUAUUAGUUAUUACACGGAUAGUAACAGAGUUCUCUCCGUCUUACCUAUAAGGUAAAAAUGUUUCAAAAUUUAUUUAUUAUUUAAAGUAGAACAAAAAUUGUUAUUCUAGGAACCACUUUCACCAGCUUUACUCUAUCUUAAUCUCAAUCAGUAUAAUUCAUCAUUGUUUCAAUAUUUACAAAUUUUCACAAAAAAAAAUCUGUUUUUUAUAAUAUUUUAAGAAUUACUAGUUAAAUCAGUAAGCCAAAAAGGAAAAUUAUUUCUGAAAUAAAUUAAUAACUGGAGUGUGACCGGUUUUAUUAUAUUCGGCAUUCACCUCAGAUCCAAUCAACAUUAAUGUUUUUUUAAUACAUAUUAACUUGCCAUUUAAUGGUAAGGGCCAACACACUCUCUAAAUCUGAAUUGGUGAAAAGUCGUCCACUAAUUUAAAUAAAUUACCAAUAAUUUACCAAUUCUUCGUAAUUUUUCACUAUAACUUGAGUAACAAAUUUAAAAAUAUUUAAUGAAAUAGUCAAAUUUACUAAGAAUAAAAUGCUUUCUUCACUCCUAGCAUAUUGAAUUCCUAUAUUGCGGUCUUGUUGGCAGGACCAUAUCAUUAAAGAAAAAUCAAUUCUUAUAGCACAAUAUUUUUCAGUAAGUUUGCAACAAAUUUUAUAUAAAAUGCACAAACAUAUUCCUCCUUUGCAAAUUACCUGAUUUUAUUUACAAUUACAUUUAUUUAUAACUUACAACCUUCGUAGAAUAAACCCUAAACCGCACAUAAGGAAACAGCAUAAAAACUUAAUAACUGAUUUUAUUUAAUUCCAAAAUUUAAAUUAAAUUAUUGUUUUUCAUAUUGUCUGGUAAUUUUAUAUUUUUUACUUAACAAACACUAAAUUUGGAUCUACAAUUAAAAAUCAGCACAAACUUUAUAUUCGAUAUAUUUUUCACUAUAUACUGCGACCAUAUGAGUUUAAAGCAGUGUUUUCCAUUAUUGUAUCUACUUUUAUUACUAUUUAUUUAGUUUGAUAUUAUUGGUUAAAUGAGUUUAUUCGUUAUUAAAACGUUAUGAGCAAAAAAUGAGGCUCUCUCUCACAACUAGGUCGAAUAGUGAACUUUUUUCUCCUCCUUCAUUUAUAUCAUCGUGAUUCUAAUAAGCAUAUUAUAUUGCUCUGAUGGAUUAAUAUUAAUGACAAGUGAAUAAAAUUCCACUACUUUAUUAAAUGCUGACUUAAAUCAUCAUAUCAUAUCGAUCAUUCAAAUUUAGAGAGUAAGUUAACUAUUUAUUAACUUAUAAUAUUGCCUCUGAAGUAUCGGAAAUAUUACUGAUUAUUCCUAAACUAAAAUUGAGCUGAGUGUGAAAUUUGUUUAGAUUAAUAUUUUUUUUUAAGAAAUAGGCAUCAAGUAUAGUUGGUGAAAUUGGCCCUGAAAGUUUGAAAAUUAUUGCUAUUCGUUUCAAGUUACAAUUAAUUAUUGUUUCAACUAAAAAUCUCGCGUCAGCAUUAGGAAUUUUCUCAACAUUAUCUGGAGAUAUCUAUGCGAAAUUGGUCAACUUGAAAAUAUUAAUAAAAAAAAAUAAAUUUAGAAAAUAUCUGCAUAAUAUUAAAAUGUUUGCUUGGGAAAAAAAUAUUCAGAAAAUAUUGAGUCAAUAUUGUUAUAUAUUCCACUAAUAUUACCUCGAAAAUGCCCAAUAUUUGAUUUUAAAUUAAAUAUUUCCUCAAGUUUUAAUAUUAAAUAAAUAUUUUCUGAACUUUGCGGAUGUAUAUUUCAAAGAUCGCAGAUCACUUUUAAAAAACGGUAUUAGGUGAAGGAAAUUGUAUGAGAGCGUACACAAUAAUUACUUAUCCACAUAAUGCAAUUUUUUGCAUCAAUCUUGUGUGAGUAUUGAGUGCAAGGCCUUUCAGAUAUAUUCGAAAAUUUAGUGCAAUAUUCAUAAACAUAUACGUUUGAAACUUGCAUCACAAUAUACUUAUGCAAUAUUCAUGUAAAAAUUUGUGCUAAGUAGAUAAAAUGUAUAAAUUUAUGUAUAUGUAUAUAAUGGAAGGAAUUAGUGAAAUUUCUCUGACUCCUAUAGCGAUAAAUAAUACCAUUUGAUUCCAAAAAGUGUACAUAUGCUAUAAUUAAUAAAAGAGUUUUAACAUAAUAAAUGAGUGCAAUUUUACAGAUUCUUGAGAGUAUAAACACACUUAUUAGAAUUAGUGGUAACUUAUUCUUACUUAUCGCUGAUUCAGAUUCAGAGAGUGUAUCAGAAAUGUAAGUUUGAUAUUCAGAGAAAAUCAAUGAUCUUGUUUGAUUGUUCUCUCUUUAUCAGCAUACAUUCUUUUUACACAACUAAUGGAGUCUUUUACUGAAUGUAUAUGUGUGUCAUUCUAAAUUUCAAACCAGUCAAAAUGUCACUGAUUUAAAUUUAGAAUGGAUUUUUUAAAUUAAUUCUUUUAUUUUAAAUUAGAAGCUGGAUUAAAGAAUUAACUCUUCGCUCUCUCAGAAAAGUUAUGAAUUGAGCCAGAAUACCUUAUUAGUUCUUCGAUCAUCCUUUCAUAAGCAUAUAUAUUGUUGUGAUUUCUAAAGCAGCGAUAAUUGCAAAAAGUAAAAUUACUUUUAAUUGGAUACAAGUUUCACGUAAUUUUUAAAAUUAUUGUUAACCAUAAGAUUUUUCAAGACGUUGUUUAAACAAACAAUAGAACGUUUCGCAAUGCAAGCAAUUAAAAAUUUAAAUCUCGUUUCUUGCAAUUAAAGAAACAAUUAAGAAAAAGGUUUAUGCAGUCUUUUCACUUUCUCGCAAUAUUUUGUUUAGAAGUUAACGCUCUUUAAUGAAAUCACGACAGUGUAGUAAAUCAAGCGACCAUUUGAUAAUUUUCGACAAUUACGAAAUAGUUGUCAAAUAAUCUUAAAAAAGUGGAAGCAACAAAAUAUCAUGCAGUCCCUGGGGUCUUUACAAUAGACUACUUGUACAGGAGUGCAAUUGUAUGAAUGUGUGGGCGUGUCUGUGUGCAUCUUCCUGAUUCGCCAAAUAAAAUAUCAUCGAGUUGUUUUAUAUAAAUAUCGUGUAGAUGAAAUCAAAUGAUAAAUAAUUAAGGCUAAUAAAUUAACUUAUCUGAAAUAUAAUACAUAAUUCAAUUUUUUUCGUUAAUUCAACGGAUUAUAAAUAUUGCAAGUAAAGCAGAUGGAAGGAAGUGCACAAAAAAAGUGUUUAUAGUACAAGGACUUUUAUUUAAAGAUUGUGCGGUUUUCCAGCAUCAACCAAUGACAUUUCAUUAUAUUUCAAAUUAUAAUUGGUAAGUUUUCAUUAAUAAAACAAAAAUGAAUUGAUGAUUCCCAUUGGUAUUAUUUGUUCCUAAAAUAAAUUGAUAAUUUAUCAAAUCAA